AUGAAUGUAAGCCAAAUAAGAAGAAAAGUAGAUCCUUCAUUGAUUGUAAGCAAAAGAUUACCUUCUUUUUUAAAAAAAGAGAAGAUAAUUUUAAAAAAAAAUGACUUUAAAAAAAAUGUAAAAUAUAAUCAAAUUCCUCGAUCUGUCCAAGACAUCAUUAAAUUCACUAAAAAAAAUAAACUUUAUGAUGAUGGUAAUGUGAUAAAUAAAAAUAAGUUGAUAUUUAUCAAUAAUUUGCUAAAUGAAAUCAUGAAAAACAAAGUCUUGCUGACAUCUGGUUCAAUAUACGAAAUAUAUCGUUGCCUUUAUAAGCUAAAUUUAUUUAAAAUUGAUAUUAUUUGUAAUUUAUAUAGUAUAUUAAUAAAUAAUACUAUUGAUUUUUCAAGUAUCAGUGGGUAUGUUAACUGUAAUUUUAAAGAUUUAAUGAAUAUUACCAAAUAUUUAUAUCAUUUUCAAUCUAUAUGUAAUACUAAUAUUCAUUCUAUUCUCUACAAUAAUGAUUAUGAUUUUAAAUUAAAAAUUGUUGAUAGAUACCUUAAAGAAAAUUUUAAAAAUAGAAAUAUACAUAUAUAUAAUAAUAUAUAUAACUACAUCGUAAAAUAUAAUAAUCACAAUAAUAUAGAUAUUCUGAUUUAUUCUUUGAUUAAAUAUAAAAAUUCAGAUAAAGAAAAGGAAGAAACUAAAAGAAAAGUUGAAAAUAAUAUAAAGAAUUGUAAAAAUAAUAGUGAAAACGUUUCUACAUUAAAUAAAAAUGAACAAAAUAAUUUUAAUGAUAAGAAAAUAAAAGAGAAUAAAGAAUUAUUAAUUGAGUAUAUAAACUCGUCUUAUAAAUUAAAUGAUAUGUUUAAUUUUUUGUUGAAUAAAUUAUUAACAUAUUUUAAUGAGAAUUCUAACUCAUUCGACUUUUUUAAUCUAAAAUUAUUAUUUUUCUUUUUAGGAAAAUUUCAAAAAUAUGACAUGACAAUUUUAGAAAAAAUCUCUAACAGAAUGAUAGAAGAGAUUGAAAAAAUGAAAACUAAUCCUAAAUUACUUGAUGAAAGACAUGGAGAAGAAAAUAAAAAGUACAAUUAUGCAAAUAAUAGAAUAAAGAAAUUAAAAAAAAAAUAUAUGAAUACAUUUAUGAAAAUUAAUUCAAAGGAGUUUCUUAUUAUACCAUAUGCAAUUGGUACUUCUAUGAAUACCUAUUUUAAUAAUUACUUAAUUGAAUAUGUAAAUAUAUAUAUAUUAAGCUUAAUUAAUUCCAGAGUUAAUUGUGAUAUUGUCAAUUUUACCUACUGUUUAAUAGGAUAUAAAUAUAUUAUGCUAAAUUUUUUUAUUUUAUAUAAUAUAUUUUUGUUUAAAGAAAAAUGCUCAAAAAACAAAAAACUUUUAAAUAAAUAUAAUAUUUUUUUUAAAAAAUUAAUUAAUAAUGUAACAGAUUUUAAAAACACAGAAAGAAUAAAAAAAAUUGAAAAGGAUGAAAUAAAGAAAAUGAAUAGCGUUUAUAAUAGAAUUUAUAAUGAUGUAGAAAAAGAGUUAAAUAACAGUACCUUCAAUGAUAUAAAAAAGACAAAUGACACUAAUAAUGAAAAUUAUGACAAUUUAAAAAAAAAAGAAAAAUAUUUUAAUAAUGAAUGUAGAGUAUAUACAACAGAUAGUUCAAAUAAAAUUUAUGCAAAUCAAAUGAAAAAUUUAGAUGAUUCAUAUUAUAUUUUUAAUUUAUUGCUUAAGGAAUUUCAAAUUAAUUUAGAACAAAUUUCUUUAAUAAACUUUGAUAAAAACUCUUUUUAUCAAAAAUACAACAGUGAACAACUUCAGAAAUUUUAUUUUUAUUAUAAAAACUUAUUUAAUAAAGUAUAUAAUUAUUCUAUAUUCUUAUUAAAUAAGUAUGAUAUUAGUGAAAUGUUAAAAAUUUAUAAAAAUUUAAAAUCUUUGUCAGUAAAUGAUGAAAUAAUUAAUAAAGUAUAUACAGAAGUUCUUUAUGAAAAAAUUAUAUUAAAUUCGGAAUCAAAAAAUGUUUCAAGUCUAUUGAAAUUUAUUUGCAAUAGAAAAAUGCAAAAAAUUAGCGGAAAAUAA